UUGAGUUUUAGUGUUAACCUUUGUAGAGUUUAAGUUAAGUUUUCUUUUUUCAAUUCAGUGGACAGUGUGAAACUUUUUUGCGUAAAACUUUUUUUGCGUUGAUUGAUAAAGUUAUUAACUGCAAGAGAAUCGAAUAUACCAAUCCGGACGUAAUCACAUAUUGGUCCGCAAUUUACUAUACCAUCUAUAAUAACGGGGCAAGUAAACAAUAACAUUAUUUGAUGUAAGACAGAGAUACAACUCCACCGAAGAGCAGGACGAAAGAAAAUCAUCGAUCUAAGAAAAUAGAAUUCUCAUACGAAAUGUAAUGGCGGUACAAUAAUCGUGUAAAAGUUCACGAUAGUUGCCCAACGUGAGGCGGUAACAAUACAAUAAAACCAGCUUAUAUAGAUCUUGUACAAAUCGAUUUGUGUAUACUCACUGUACUGAAAUUAGAGGUCUGUUGUAACUGGCCACUAAUAGCGGUCAUCUCGGCUAGAUAAUGAUCUGUCGAUGAUUUACGCCACGUUAAACCGACAAUGGUCGGCGAUAACCCGCGGCCGCGCACAAUGUGACCAAUUAGAGGAGCGGCACACUCGCCAACAUGACUAAGAUGAACGGCAUCAACCUGCCCGACAUGGCCGACGACAUCUUCAACGAAAACAUCAUCAAGAGGAAGAAAACACAAAUCGAUUACGAUCUCGAUAAAAAAUCGGACGGAGACACCGACACACUAAAGUACGGGAACAACAACAAUAUCGAUAAAUUGGAAUCCCCACAGAAUUUGAAAAGGAAAUCGAAGUUCGACAACUACGAUAUCGAUAAGAUCGUGCAAUCGAACAUGAUAAUCGAUAAGGAAUCGAGUAAAGUCCGUCUGGAGAUGAGAGACUGCAGUGAGUUGGAUUACAAGACGAAUGGUCAUGUGGAGGAUUUGGACGAAGUGGGGACGGAGGGCAACGAAUAUGCGUUGAAGAAUGGUAAUGGUAUACCGAUGGGUGAGGAUAAGAUACUGAAUAACAACGAUGGGGACUACAGCAUCAACGGGGAUUAUGAACACGGCAGUGAAGUAAGUUUUCCCAUUUUCUUUUACUGCGUCCUUUUUAAUAGAAUUUGAUUCGUAUUUCGCCGUUUUUUAACAAACGUUCAAAUCACAUAAACUGUAUAAAUUGAUUUUGACUUAGAACAAUUUGUCGUCACACAAAUGCUUGUCCUACGUAGGGAUCGAACGCGCGUCACGUCGCGAGCUGUGGUCAUCAUAGUGGUGACCACAUUAGCCGGUGUAGUCACGACAAAUGGAUACUACUCGGUUAUCCGUACAGUCAAAAUAUAUAUUCAUAUUAAUUGCUAAAUUAAAUACUGUCUUACCACGCAUUCAAUUAGUAACAAGUUAAACUUUUCACUUUGAAUUUUAAGUCUACACCCA